GUGCUGGCUGCCGGGGCCCGCGGGUCCCCGCGCCUGGCCGGCUCGCGGCCGCGUGGGAGCAGCUGGGUUUGACGGCGUGGCCACUAGGCGACCAUGGCUACACACGGGAAGCUACGUCGAGAGCGAGGGCCGCAGGCUGACUAUGAGGCACAGGUCAAAGAGAUGCGCUGGCAGCUGGGUGAGCAACUGCGCUGCCUGGAGCUGCAGGGCGAGCUGCGGCGGGAGCUGCUGCAGGAGCUGGCUGAGUUCAUGAGGCGCCGUGCCGAGGUUGAGCUUGAGUACUCGCGGGGCCUCGACAAGCUGGUGGAGCGCUUCUCCGGCCGUGGAGGCCGCCUCGGGGGCGGCAGUCGGGAGCACCAGAGCUUCCGGAAGGAGCCGUCCCUGCUUUCGCCCUUGCACUGCUGGGCCGUGUUGUUGCAGCAGACACGGCAGCAGAGCCGGGAGAGCACAGCCCUCAGUGAGGUGCUGGGCGGGCCCCUGGCCCAGCGCCUGAGCUACAUUGCCGAGGAUGUGGGGCGCCUGGUCAAGAAGAGUAAGGAUCUGGAGCAACAGCUGCAAGAGGAGCUCCUGGAGGUGGUGUCAGAGCUUCAGAUGGCCAAGAAAACCUAUCAGGUCUACCACACGGAGAGCCUGAGUGCUGAGGCCAAACUCCGCGAAGCCGAGCGGCAGGAGGAGAAGCGGGCAGGACGAAGUGCUACCGCCACCACCACCAGCACCGAGUCCGGGCCACUCCGCAAGGGCUCCAUCAAGAAGGGAGGGCGGCUGGUGGAGAAGCGUCACGCCAAGUUCUUGGAGCACAAACUCAAGUGCACAAAGGCUCGCAAUGAGUACCUACUAAGCCUGGCCAGUGUCAAUGCCGCCGUCAGCAACUACUACCUGCGGGACGUCAUGGACCUGAUGGAUUGUUGUGACACAGGAUUCCACCUGGCCCUGGGCCAAGUGCUCCGGAGCUACACGGCUGCAGAGAGCCGCAUCCAGGCCUCCCAGAUGCAGGGCCUGGGCAGCCUGGAGGAGGCUGUGGAUGCCCUGGAUCCCGUAGGUGACAAGGCCAAGGUGCUGGAGGUGCAUGCUGUCGCCUUCUGUCCCCCGCUACGUUUCGACUACCAGCCCCACGAAGGGGAUGAGGUUGCUGAGAUCCGGGUUGAGAUGGAGUUGCGAGAUGAGAUUCUGCCCAGAGCCCAGAAUAUCCAGAGCCGCCUGGACCGCCAGACCAUCGAGACAGAGGAGGUGAACAAGACACUGAAGGCCACACUGCAGGCCCUGCUGGAGGUGGUGGCAUCAGAAGAUGGAGAUAUGCUCGACUCCUUCCAGGCCAGUCCAUCCACCGAGUCCCUCAAGUCCACCAGCUCGGACCCAGGGGCUCGGCAGGCUGGCCGGCGGCGGGGCCAACAGCAGGAGACCGAGACCUUCUACAUCACGAAACUCCAGGAGUACCUGAGUGGACGGAGUAUCCUUGCCAAGCUGCAGGCCAAACAUGAGAAACUGCAGGACGCCAUCCAGAGAGGUGACAGGGAAGACCGGGAGGUGACUUGGACCCAGUACACACAGAGAAAACUCCAGAAGAGCCGCGCCCCCCGCCCCAGCUCCCAGUAUAACCAGAAACUCUUCGGGGGAGACAUGGAGAAGUUUAUCCAGAGUUCGGGCCAGCCCGUGCCCCUGGUGGUGGAGAGCUGUGUCCGCUUCAUUAACCUCAAUGGCCUGCAGCAUGAGGGCAUCUUCCGGGUGUCAGGUGCCCAGCCCCGGAUCUCGGAGAUCCGUGAUGCUUUUGAGAGAGGAGAGGACCCGCUGGUGGAGGGCUGCACCGCCCAUGACCUGGACUCGGUGGCAGGUGUGCUGAAACUUUACUUCCGGAGCUUGCAGCCCCCCAUAUUCCCGCCAGACCUGUUUGGAGAGCUGCUGGCUUCUGCGGAGCUGGAGGCUGUGGCCGAGCGGGUGGAGCACGUAGCUGGCCUCCUGUCCCGGCUGCCUGGACCCGUGCUGGUGGUCUUGCGGUACCUCUUCACCUUCCUCAACCACCUGGCCCAGUACAGCGACGAGAACAUGAUGGACCCCUACAACCUGGCCGUGUGCUUUGGGCCGACGCUGCUGCCCGUCCCUGCUGGGCAGGACCCGGUGGCUUUGCAGGGCCGUGUCAACCAGCUGGUGCAGACCCUCAUCAUCCAGCCUGUACGGGUCUUCCCGGCCCCAGCCCAGCUGCCCGGCCCCAUCUAUGAGAAGUGCAUGGCCCCGCCUUCUGCCAGCUGCUUGGGGGAUGCCCAGUUGGAGGGCCCGACGGGGGACAACGAGUUGGAGCUGGAGCCAGGGACCUCAGCCCAGGAGGAGGACCUGGAGGGUGUCGUGGAGGCCGUGGCUUGCUUUGCCUACACGGGCCGCACGGCCCAGGAGCUGACCUUCCAGCGUGGGGACGUCUUGCGGCUACACGAGCGGGCCUCAGGCGACUGGUGGCGGGGCGAGCAUGCGGGGGCACGGGGGCUCAUCCCCCACAAGUAUAUCACUCUACCUGCGGGAGCGGAGAAGCUCGCGGUGGGCCAGGGGCUGCUGCCCGGCGGGGACCUGCUGAGCAGCUCAGAGGGGCUCCCUGUGGUGGAGCUUGUCCAGAGGCCAGAGCCAUGCACCCCACCCGAGAUCCCUCUUGGCAUCCCCGGGGGUCACUCCGGGCACCGACGGCCCUGCAUGGUCCCAGCAUCCCCGGAACGACAUGUGGAGGUGGAUAAGGCUGUGGCACAGACCAUGGACUCUGUGUUUAAGGAGCUCUUGGGGAAGACCGCCCUCCGUCAGGGCCUUGGACCGGGCACCAACAACUCCCCAAGCCCCGGGCCUCGCAGCCCGAAGCUUCCAGGCUGUGGGCGCCUGGGCAAGAACAAAGGCUUCUCGCGGGGCCCUGGUGCCCCGGCCUCACCCUCGACCUCCCAUCCCCAGGGCCUGGACUCACUCUUCAAGUCACACUGAAGGCUCACCUCAUCCUCUGCAGGCCCUGCCCCAGCCCAGGGCAAGACUGGCCGGGUGCCCCCAACCCUUUGCUUCUCCCUGGCCCUGUCCAGCAUACCUGCUCGUGACCCUCUGCAGAGAGGAGGAAGUGGCCUCUCCAGCUCCCCCCUGCCUUCCCCGCUCUGGUUUGGGCCCCUCUGGGAGGCCGCCGCGGAGGGAGGCAGGGGGCAGGUCCCUCCUGGCCCUGGGUGUGAGGGCUCGUGGCUGGUUGUCACCCUUGACAGCCAGCAGGUGGCGGGUGCCUUUGCUCAGCUGAGGGUGCCAGCCUGGUGGGGGUUGACAGGCAUUGGCAACCAUUCAUAAAAUCCUGUGCAUUGA